CGAGCAACAGUUCGAAUGUGCUAACGUGCCCUGUGUUCUGAUGUUGUUUGCCUUUUUUUUAACGUGACCUUCAUUAUUACAGCCAGUUUUUGCUUUUCCUCCUUUGAGAUAUAUGAUUCUGUUUACAAUGUUUUUGAUUUGAUACAGUGUACUCGCAAUAUUUCGUUUGCCACGACCUUCUUUCGUUUACCAUGAAACUUCUACGUAAAGGAAAAAUAAAAAGACCACAGUGCAUUAGCUGCUAUGAAUGCUGCACUAUGCUGCGCCCCUUUUCCAGAAGUGCAUGGAGAUCCCCCCCCGCGUCUAAUAAAAAGGGCAGGGGGAUUCGAUGUAAUUAAUAUAUGUAUAUGCUGCCAGUCAUAAUUACUUAUCUGACGCUGCCAAAUCUACUUUCAUUACAGACGAUUAAUCCCUAUCAGAUUAUAGUAUUAAUAGUCUUAUCGUAUAGUGCCCCUGUCUUGCGGGCACGUGCAAAAUUCAAGGAUAUCAUUCCUUGUGCAUUACCCCAUUACUGUAUAUAAUAGUUCCUUAAAAGAAUGAAAUAAUUUCGUGCAUACCAGCUUAUCUCGCAACAAAUGUUUAGUGUUUAUGAAUAAUCAUAAAGAUAAGGAAUAGUAAUUCGUAUAUGCAAACGAUUGAGUCGUAAUUGGGGAGGAUCGAAUGGCACGCCUCUAGCAUAUAAAAUUUGCGAUGCCGCGUGAAAGCGCCUCUAACAUCUGCACGCAGAAUUAAAUAGACAUGUCGUCCGACGUAUUCGCUGGAUUAAUGUUCUCUUGCAAAGAUGUAAAUAAAUUGUUAGUUAGGUGACCAGUUCGUGCGAUGAAUCGUACGAGAUCCGCAAUAUGUGUGUAACUACAUGUCUGGCUGUUUAUCCGAAGAUCCAAAGAUUUUUCACCGAGCACGCACCGGUCGAUCGAACACGAUUCUCUUCGAACGGUUCCCAUGCUUUUUCUUCGUAAAAUGAAUUGCGUUUCGAUUUUUUUCAUCGCCUGUCAGUUUGUACGCUCCUUUUGUGUACUUACGUCGAUUUGGACUUUUAAUUUCGAGUCUUUACGUCAGUGUGAUUGUUUACUAUUCGUUCGACGACACAGUACCGAUACGAUGGUGUCUUUAACGAAGAAAAGAUAAAAGGUGGAAACGGGAGAGCAAGAAACGUAAAAAAACGUUCCGUUUUCGUGCGAUGUAAAAAUAACAAGAGUGAUAUUUAAGAAUUCAGACUCGCGGUAAUGCAGAGAACUGUGCAAUGAGUGAUAAGGACCAUUGAAUAGGAAAUUUCCAAUGAACAUACCGCUAUAUGGGUUUCUUGGAGUUGCGGUGACUCUACUCGUGUAUCUUAUCGGAUUUGGAAUGAUUGUGAAGCUAUUUAUUUGCCUGCUCGCUUUAAUUUUAGGAACAGUCACGUGUAUAUAUAGAAUGUACGGUGCAAAUCUCGAUGAUGUUAUUAAAUCGGAAAGGGAAGACUUGAAUAAGAAGACUGAAAAGUUUCGCCAGUAUAUUCUAGAUGCAUCCAAACAGAAGACAACCUUCACCUUAGAUAAAAGAAUCACUGGUAGUCGUAUCAUUGACGAGUCCCUGCAAGAAAUAUUAGACUUUGUUAUCAGAGAUUAUGUGGAACCAUGGUACAGUGUCAUCACAGAUGAUGAAGAAUUUGUAUAUUCAGUUCGGGAUACCGCUCAAAAAAUAGCUAUCAAUAUUGCAAAUAGAGUAAAAGGCGUAGAUUGGAUACCUUAUUUAACUACACGUCUCGUCGAUGAUGCAGCUUCUCACGUGCGACUGUAUCGGCAAGCGAGAGCCAGGAUAAAACAGCUCCGUUCAAAAAAGUUGCAGAAAGGUAGCGCGAGCUCGAGUACUUCCAGCGGAACUCCUAAGAAAACGCCUACCCACAGACGUAACAAAAGCGAAACAGAUGUGUCAUGGUAUUCUCAGUCAAAGUUUUACAUUCCUAAUUUGUCGUCGCUCACCGAGCCGAUCGAAACGAAUGAAGAUAAGGACGAGGAGACAUUAGAAAAGAUAUUUUUCGACUUGGAGGUGCAAAUGGAAAACAAUAUGAUCUGCAGAGAUCUCGUGUGCACCAACACUACCCAGGAACUGGAAUUUCUGGGAGAAAUAUCUGAGAUCUUGUUAUAUCUGGUAUUACCAAAGGGAGAUUUCGAUUGUCUGACUGUGAGAUUUAUAUUAAGAGAAUUGUUAGUGAACGUGAUAAUUAGACCAUUGCUGGAUUUAUUCUCUGACCCUGAUUAUAUUAAUCAGGCGUGUAUAUGGCUGUGCGCUAAAGAAAGCGGUUUACCAAGUGACGUGUUUUUAACGGUAAUCAGAGUCACCGAUAGUUUAGACGAAUUAGCGGCGACGAAGAACAUAGUUUGUAAGGAAAUAGCUCACCUACGUUCUAAAGACUCAGGUGGAGAGGAUGAUUUAUCCGUGAAGCAGCAACUGAACAGUUUGCUGUACGUGAAGAAAAUUUUGGAGACCAGAAUUAUUGGAAUGCAAGAAGGGUUAGACUCAGAGACUGAUUUAGGUGCUCAACCUGAUUGGAAUAGGUUACUGAUACCAGGCCAAAAAUUAGUAAAUUUACCAUUAGACGAAUUACUGAAGAACAACAUCGCGCUAAGUUACUUCAUCGAUUAUAUGACCUCCAUAAACGCGGAAUCUUACUUGUAUUUCUAUUUAAAUAUCUACGGAUGGAGGGUGUCAGCUGAACAGCAGAUAUCCGACAUAGAGUUACAGAAACUGCACAUGUCCCAGGCAGCUCCUAGUAUCAUAGGCACUAGGCGUAAGAACAUUGAUCUGGAUAACUUAAAAGAGGCAGCUACGAAGAUUUAUCAACAAUACCUUAGCGAGAAAGCGUCACCAAAGUUGCAGUUAGAUGACGCCCUAGUGAAGACUUUGUUGAACAGGAUAAGAACUGAACCUGUGAAGGAAACAUGGUUCGAUGAUCUUCGAACUUGCUGUUACGAGAAACUACGGAACGAAGAUCGUUUCUUGCCAGGCUUCAAAAGGUCCAUGUCGUACGUGAAACUCCUGGCUGAACUGGAUCUAUUAAAAGACCCCACAUCUGAAGAGGACACGAAGUCCUUAGAUAGUAUUAGUAUAUCCAGCACAAACAACGAGUUGGAAACUUUGGACGAAAUGUCUGAGAUAUAUAAACCGGAAGAGAUGAGAGGAACGGAACUGUCGGACAGUAAAUUGAGAUCAAAUUCGUCGACCAGUUUAGCCAGCAUCGUGGAGCCUAACGAGGGCAGAGUACCCGAUGAGCCUGAUGGUGAACUCAAUGUCAGGGCUAUAAAAAGUAUGAGGAAAGCUGUCAGCAUCGAUGCAGAUCAGAUUAACGAGGGCAAGGACGUGUCGUUUUAUUUGGAGUCGAAUGCUGAACAGUUCGUCAAGUUGGACGAGAAUACCUACGAUCAGAAUGCCAUUAAAAAGUUACAGCAGGGUAGAUUCGAGAUUACUGCUAGAAUUAUAGAAACUGGAAUAGUAAAUGAUCGCGGGAAGACCUAUGGAAUUUACGCGGUGGCUGUGACCAAGAGCUAUGAUUCAGGCUAUCAAGAGAAGUGGCAUAUUUACAGGAGAUACUCGGAUUUCUAUGAUCUGCAUCAGAAGAUAAAAGAGAAGUAUUACGAUCUGGCGAAGAUACCUUUCCCAGCGAAGAAAGCUUUUCAUAACAUGGAGAGAACCGUUCUGGAAAGGAGAAUGUUAAUGUUGAACGCUUGGAUGCAUCAGUUAACUAAACCAGCGGUAGUCGAUGGUCACAUGGGUCUACAAAAUUUGUUGCUUAGUUUUUUGGAGCAGGGGGAUUAUGACAAAGGUGUCACCGGUGGACAGAUUUCGAAGACGAUAGACACGCUAAUGAAUCCUUUGAAGACAUCUAUGAAAACUGUAACCCAAGCCGUGAAAACUAUGCCUGAUAACAUGUUGAAUACAGUGGACGGUGUGAUGGAUAACAUAAGUAAAUUUUUUGGCAAUCCUAAGAAACCCAACGCCUUUUACGAGAACACCAAAGUUGGUGCUGGUCUAGAUGUAGAGACUGACGAUAAUAUUCCUCUGCGUAUAAUGCUGUUACUAAUGGAUGAAAUAUUCGACUUGAAAGUGCGAAACCAAUGGUUGAGAAGAAGGAUUAUCACGUUAUUGAGGCAAAUUAUUCGUACGAUGUUUGGGGACAUAGUUAAUAGACGAAUAGUGGAGUAUGUGUCGUUGUUAACUAGUCCAGCCAGAGUGGCGGGUUAUUUGAAAUUGUUUAAGAAUAGCUUUUGGCCAAACGGUGUUAAAGCUGAGAAGAAACCACCACGGGAUACAGAGAUGAAGAACAGAACAAGAGUAGCCGCUAAAGUUGCCCUACUAUCUUGCUUGUCCGACGAAUUAAAACAUAUCAUAGGUAGCGAAACGACCAGGAGAGGUCUCUUAAGAGUGUUCGAGUUGUUUCAACGACCUGUACUGAACAGAAGACUGUUGUACGUUCUCUUAGAAGGAAUAAUAGAAACUCUGUUUCCUCAGAACAAUCUGGUAGAAAUCUUCCGGAAACUUUAUUCUGUUUCGCCGAGGGUGCAACACAGGAACCUGCAGAAAUGUUAAUGAUAUAUGUCGUUCAUAGUCUGAAUCUGCAAAUUUUGGCUACUCAAGCUCAUCGAAAAUCUCAAUUUUUAUUUCAGCCACAUCGGAGAUGUGGCGGAAGUUAUUUAUUGUUAGACGUUUUGUUCACUUUUCUACUUCACUCGCACAUGUAAUGUUACACUUUAAGUUCCUGAAGUAGGUUUAAAUAUCUUAAACCUUUCAAGACCACUUUUAAGCGCCUAAAAACUUAAGAAUCGAAAGAUGAACAGAAAGGAUAGAAUAAUCUGUGAUGAGUUGAGUGGCCAUUUCAUUUUGUACAAAUUAUAGCAAUGUCGCAUAGGAUAAUAACGAUUGAAUAAUUCUUAAAUACGAAACACGUAUUGUAUGCCCAAAUACGGACGUAAUGCAACCAGGA